AUGGCGUUACUUCAUCACCAUCACCGCCACCUUCUUCUCACUCUUCCCUUCCCUCACUCUCCAACCCCACCCAAACGCUUCUUUUUCAAAACAACACGGCCACUCAAACCGACACACUCCACCGUGGAGUCCCCAACCCCAAAACGACGCGGCCGAAAGAAGAAGCCCCCACCAUCCGAAACACCACCCGCAAACGACACCCCGGAGACCCAAAAUGCAGAGGCGAAAAAGGAGCAACCUUCAGAGGACGACGAGCUGUUCGACUACGACGAUGGCAUCGACUUCCCCUACGAGGAUCCGCCGCUGGUGUGCUGCUUCGGCGCGGCGCAGAGGGAGUUCAUACCUGGGGUGAGGGUGCAGCGGUACCCGAUGCACCCGGACAAAUACUCGGAGUGGAAGAUGCUGCAGUGGAAGCCGCCGGAGUUCGCACGGGCGCCGGGAGGACCGCCGUCGAACGUGGCGGUGGCUCACGUGCGGUUAGGGGGACGUGCAGCGUUUUUGGGGAAGGUGGGUAAUGACGAGUUUGGGGAGGAUUUGGUGCUGAUGAUGAACAAGGAGAGGGUGCAGACGAGAGGGGUUAAAUUUGAUGAGGGGCUCAGGACGGGGUGCGCAUAUAUGAAGGCGAGGUUUGAGGAGGGGAGGAUGAAGAUGGAGAUGGUCAAGAACUCUGCUGAGGACUCGCUUCUUGCAUCUGAACUCAACCUUGCUGUUUUGAAAGAGGCUAGGAUUUUUCAUUUCAAUUCAGAAGUUCUAACAUGCCCCACCAUGGAAUCAACACUAUUCAGAGCAAUUAAAUGGACUAGAAAGUUUGGUGGUCUUGUAUUUUUUGAUUUAAAUCUGCCAUUAUCGCUGUGGAGAUCUCGAGAUGAGACGAGAGAAAUAAUAAAAAAAGCAUGGAAUGAAGCAGACAUCAUUGAAGUUUCAAGAAGUGAGCUAGAAUUCCUUCUAGAUGAAGAAUAUUAUGAGAGGAAAAGAAAUUAUAGGCCACAAUACUUUGCUGAAAGUUACGAAGAAACCAAGAAUCGACAAGAAUAUUACCAUUACACUUCUGAAGAAGUGGCGCCUUUGUGGCAUGAUCGACUUAAGUUCCUGUUUGUGACUGAUGGAACCAUUAGAAUUCACUACUAUACCCCUUCUUUUGAUGGGUCUGUCGUGGGAACCGAAGAUGUGCUCAUAACCCCAUUUACUUGUGAUAGAACUGGUUCAGGUGAUGCUAUUGUAGCUGCUAUUCUAAGGAAGCUAACCACUUGCCCAGAGAUGUUCGAAAAUCAAGAUGUUUUGGAGAGACAACUACGCUUUGCUGUUGCAGCAGGAAUUAUAGCCCAAUGGACUAUUGGUGCUGUUAGAGGUUUUCCUACAGAAAGUGCCACUCAGAAUCUCAAAGAACAAGUUUACGUGCCUUCAAUGUGGUGA